UUUUUUUCCGUUGAAGGACCAAAAUGCAAAAAAUUCGGUCACCACCGCGCCUCACUCUCUUUCCCCGCAGCAAGGCCCCAGCGGCGGCACGGCGCAGUGGCGCACCCUCUGGAGUCACCUUCUUCCUGCCCAAUACGGCCAGCGGCGGCACCCCGACCAGGUUGACCCCGCCCCGGCAACGACCAGCGGGUCGUACAGCACGCCGAUCCAAUUCCUCCGUGAAGGUCGAUAAACUGUGAGAUACUGAGAUUGAAGCUGCACACUGUUUUAGUUUCUUCAAGGACAAGGAACAUUAAUAUCACCAAAUACUUUCGUCAAUGGAGCUUGAAGCUGAUUUCGCUGAUGAAGAUGUCAGUUCAAAUAAUGGAUUACAAGAUCUGUGGUCACUUGACGAGAUAGAUUCAAAGAGAGCAAGAUUCCCGUGCUGCAUUGUUUGGACUCCUCUUCCUGUAGUUUCAUGGCUUGCCCCUUACAUAGGGCAUGUUGGAAUCUGUCAGGAGGAUGGGGCUAUCUUGGAUUUUGCUGGUUCAAAUUUGGUGAGCAUGGAUAAUUUUGCUUAUGGUUCAGUUGCCAGAUACCUCCAGCUUGACAGAAAGAAGUGCUGCCUUCCUGUUAAUCUUGCAGCACAUGUAUGCAAGCAGUCCUACAGCCAUUCAGAAGUUGGAGCAGCGAUGUCAUGGGAUGAUGCUCUGCAAUCGGGCAUGAGACGCUUCCAGCACAAGUACUACAAUCUGUUCACCUGCAAUUGCCACUCGUUUGUGGCAAACUGCCUGAACCGGCUCGCUUACAAUGGCUCUGUGGAGUGGAAUGUUUUGAAUGUGGCUUCCCUUGUUUGGUUUCAUGGCCAAUGGGUGGACAAAAUGUCUUUCGCUCGGUCUUUCUUGCCUUUCCUAACUGUGACAUGCAUCGGUAUUUUAAUGGCUGGCUGGUCUUUCCUGGUAGGGAUGGCAGCAUUCUCUAUUCUUUUGAUUGGAUGGUUUGUUUUUACGGUAUACUGCGUUAAGGGUUUGAUAUGUUGACCGGAGAAGAAUUACUGAAAGCACUCAUUAGCGCAUCGCAGUCUACAUGUAAUCGCUGUGCUAGAUUCAAUUAAAUAAUUGAUGUCAUCAGCUUCAGUGAUUCAGAAACCUGUUCAAAUUCAGACCAAUUUAUUUUGACUUAUGGAGGCGGUCUCGUGAAAAAUUUAGUUCA